AUUGUUAGGUUCAUCACUUGGUAUGUUUGAUAUCCACCAAAGAUCAAUAUGUACAUUCCACGCUUGAAAGUAAUGAUAGUAAAAACUAGGAAAGUAAAAAGAAUUCGCACAUUCUAUGUCCCACAUUCAUCGGUUUCAGUGUUUUGCAUUCAACUGUUGGGCAUCUAUCCACAAAAAAGUUAUAUUAGGCCUAUUAGUCUUUGCGAUACUAUGUCAUCGCAAUGUCAAGGGGACCUUUUUUAUUUACCCAACUGCAUACGGUGUAGUCCCAGGCUAGGCUCCCAGUAAAUGCAGUACACAAAGUGUGAUGUCAUGACAUAUCUGGUGUUCGGUACCCUGAGUGACCGGAUCGCUGCCCUGCUGGCUUUUACUGGUAUUGGUGCAUUACGGGUCAGUGUUCGGCAAACAUGGUGGAUCAAAAACACAAAUCUGAAUUCAUAGCUAAGGGCGCCUAAAUUUCACACAACGGAGAAGAGCAGAUAUUUCAAUCCGGAUCUUCCUUUAAAUGUCUUGCCUUUUAGGUUCAAGGAAACUGCAGCAAAUUUGCUAAAAUGGAUGACGUAGACGCAGUCUUGAUGAGAGCCAGCAUCCCGGUGCACGUGGUCGCUGGCAUCGCAGUGGUUUUGAAUCUUCUCGUGGUGGUGGUGUUUGCUCGAACCAAGCUACUCCGCAUCAAGUACUAUGGCUUCGUCUUCAACCUCAUACUCGCCGACAUCGCCUACCCUGCAAUGCUGAUUACAUUCAUUCACUUCAGGCACGUGGCCACGGUUGUUGCCCUGUCUCGGGCUUUCUUCUUGACCGCCCAGCUCAGCAUCUUGGCCGUAGCCGUGAAUCGUUUGCUGGCGCUGUCUCUGAUGCCGCCUGCCCGCUAUGACGCCGUAGUGACACCCGUCCGCAUGGUGGUAGCAUGUCUCCUGAUUUGGAUCCUAUCUGCCGUGCUUUUCUUACCUACGACGUACCUCCAAGACCCCACCAUCAACUGGCUGAUCCAAGCUCUGAUUCCCCUUUUUAUUCUGAUAGUCACUGGGGUUUUAUACCUCGUGGUCUUCCGUAAGAUAUCCAUGUAUACGCCGCCGCUGGCGUCCAUCGGUGGAGUCAAUAACAUACAUGUAGAUGGACAGGCUACUACCCGCGUGCGCCAAACGCGUCACCUUAUGGUAACGUUCACGAUCAUAUUCGUGGCGUCUGCUGUCUGUUGGCUGCCAUUUUGUGUGGGCUUUAUUGUCCUGUUCACGCACGGUGAACUCACCUUGUCGGUUGUGGUAUUCUUGCGGUACAGCUAUGCGGCGUUGCUGGUGAAUUCCGCUCUCAACCCUUUCAUCUACUUUUGGCGUUUCCGAGAGGGGCGAGAAGGUUUCUAUAGGUUGCUGUGCGCAUGUUCCAGCCGCUGGAAGCACCAGACGGAAACGGAUGCGAGCACAGUAGCAGAAACCGAAAUGUAACAUU